AUGUCCCUUUCCAGUCAACUCUCCUACAGUCUUGAUUUCCCAGGCCUUUGUUUAAGAGAUGAGACAGGCACCAAAGUCCAGAAGGGCGUCGUCCUGCUUGUCUAUAUAUCAUACAUCAUGUUUGGGGCAUUAAUAUUUGGAGCCUUGGAGAGAGACUUUGAGGUACAGCAGCGGCAUUUGGCAGUUAAGGCAAAGGCUGAUUUUCUAAAAAAUCGUUCCAAUAUGACUAAGGAAGAUGUCAGAAGAUUUGUGCAGAUGAUGACGUCUUUAAUAUUGUCAGGAAUACCUCCCACAGGAAAUAAGACUACUGUUGUCUUUUGGACUUUUACAAACUCUUUUAUAACUUGUAUAAUCACCCUAUCCACAAUAGGUUAUGGAACAAUUUUUCCUAAAACUUCUGGUGGACAGAUGUUCUGUGUUGUCUUUGCUACAAUUGGAAUCCCUCUAACUAUCAUGUUAUUUAAAUAUAUUUUUAUAUUAGUUUAUCUGCCAUCUGAAAAAUUUGGAAUAUACCUUCAACAGAAGGGAUUAAAUGAGAAAAAUGUUUAUCUCUGGAAGAGCUUAUUUUUUGCUGCAACUGGAUCACUUUUUUUUCUUGUAUUACCACCAUUUCUUUUCAUGUCAUUAGAGAAUUGGAGUUAUGUUGAAGGAAUUUAUUAUUCAUUCAACACCAUAAGUACUAUUGGUUUUGGAGACUAUACAGUAGUUUCAAAUCCUACAAAAGACAAUCAGGACAUCACUUACUCAAUCUUGUUGUUAAUCUGGAAUCUUUAUGGUCUUGCCUGGAUUGCUCUUCUAUUUAAUUUGAUAGCCAGCUCUUUUAAAGAAAUGGGAUCAAGGUUAAAUAAAGACACAUCUGAAACAGAAGCUCAAGAGCAAAAGGAGUCCUCAAGCUCUGGAUAG